UACUGAUCGUUAUCCCUGCGUCGUUCUUUGAUUUCUGUGCAAAACUCAUCUGGCUGAGCAAGCACUGUAUUCAGAAUCGGGUGAAUGUAAUAUGUUUAAGAUGUCAAUCCAGAAGGGCAAAAGAAGAUAAAGCGACAUAUUGAAAUUGCUGUUCUGGAAAUUGGUUCUAUUUCCAUCAUCAGGUGCAUUAAACCUUCUCUUAUGGGUUGCUGAGUAUGGUUAAUCUCAGAUCAUGGGAUAGCUCUGCCAACUGAGAAGAGCAGAGUGUUGUAACAAUGGCAGAUGAGUCCAUACAUGAACAACUGUUGGAGCCAGAAAUAAUUCUCACAGUAAAGCAAGAGUAAUGUAUUUCCUGCUUCACUAGUCUCCAUGUCCAUGUCAGUAUUUCUGAGAGGUGUGAAGAAGUUGCAAGUUAAUACUGCUUUUGGAGGCAGCCUGACAGCGGCGGAUGUUGGGACUAGUUUAGCUGACUUCUUGGCUCUCUGUGACAGAGGGAAGAAGGAAAAGGAGGCUGGAGAAAAUUGCAUGAUGAUGAGCUUUCAAAACUUGUACUCUUCACCAUACAUAUUACUAUGGUGAUCAAAUGAAGGCAGAUGUGAUAGGAAGAUGCACAUCAGAGUUCAAGCUCCUUGAAUUUUAACACUGUUCAGACUUACAAAUAUACUCGUACUUCAAUCAAGAUGAACUGCCAAGAACUUUCAGCAGAUGUAAACUCUGCAUCAUAUAUUGGAAACAAAUUGAGCUUUUGUGAUCAUAUAAUAAAGCAGUCAGCUGACAAUGCAGAUACUUCUCUUGCACAACAGCAUGGGUACAAGAUAUUAACUGCAGAGGUCCCGUCUCAGGACAGCCGACAUAGUGAUAAGCCACAUGUAUGUGACAUGUGCGGGAAGGGAUUUAUGCUGCGGAGCAAUCUCAAGCAACACUUGUUGGUGCAUACAGGCAUUAAACCUCAUGUGUGUUCAGAAUGUGGAAAGCGAUUUACACAACUCAGCAAUCUGAAGACACAUUCCAUUGUGCAUACAGGUGAAAAGCCACAUGUAUGCACUGUGUGUGGGAAAGCAUAUACUUCUCUACACAAUCUCAAAGCUCAUGACUAUAUACAUACAGGGCAGAAAAAGAGACACAUCUGUGAGACAUGUGGGCAGGGAUUCUAUCAGCAUGGGGACCUAAAAACUCACAAAUUAAUACAUACAGGUUAUAAACCCCAUGUUUGUAGGGAGUGUGGGAAAGGUUUCAUUAAGAGAGGUGAUCUGAAUAUCCAUAUGGUGGUACAUAGUAAAGAACGACCUUUUGAAUGUGAUGUUUGUGGGAAGACUUUUGCUCGCAGGUGGAAUCUCAUAAAUCAUGCUAUAAUACAUGCAGAAAAGAAACCAUAUGAGUGUACUGAAUGUGGGAAAGGGUUUAAUCAGCUAGCAGGCCUAAAAAUACAUACAGUCAUUCACACUGGUGAGAGACCACACAUUUGCAAAGAAUGUGGCAAGAAGUUCAGUAACAUGGGUGCUCUGAACAGGCAUGUGAUAAUUCAUACUGGGGAGAAACCCUUCUCUUGUCUAUGUGGUAAAACUUUUGGUUUAAAACACCAACUAACAAGGCAUACUGUUAAACAUGUUGUUAAAAAAAUUGUCUAAAUGUUUGUUGUUCACCAAAAUGAAAUUAAUGUAUUACUGACUACUUGCUUUCAUGCUUUAGGUCCCAAAUUGUGUCUUCGAUUCUCAGUUUCUGUGUUCCCUUAUUCUAAUUUUCAUUCUAGCACUUUGCAGACCGGACGCCUAGGCCUAGGCGUUUGGGUUUUAAACGUGGCAGACCGGUUGCCUAGAUUUAGGCUUUUAGGACACGUUAUGUUGCAACACACUAUUCCUCGCUUUGGUGGCCAUGUGUCUAUAAAAGUACUGCGUAGCUGACCUUUGGAAUGUUUGUUUUCCAAGUCAGCAACGUGACCACUCUCUAUUCCCCUCUCACUCUAAAGAAAAGUCCCUUUGUUCAAGUUGAAGCUUCUAUGUAUGAGGCAGGAUAUUCUCAGUGUCAACAUGGCUCAGAGACGAAAGCAGUUGAAGACCGCACAAGUUCU